CUCGCCGCGCCAUCUUUAGAAAACACUGAGCCCAGCACUGAAUGAAACUUCAUUUUGCUCGUUUGGGAGAGCUGCUCGCCUUACGGUGCGGUAUUUUCGGUUUUCCAGGUGAUCAUGGGGAUCAAGGUACAGCGCCCUCGCUGCUUCCUUGACAUUGGAAUCAGCAAUGUACUUGUUGGCAGAAUCGUGGUGGAACUGUUUGCAGACAUCUGUCCCAAAACUUGUGAAAACUUCAGAUGUCUCUGCACAGGUGAGAAAGGCAUUGGGAAGGGAACUCAGAAACCGCUUCACUACAAAGGAUGCCUUUUUCAUCGAAUUGUAAAAGACUUCAUGAUUCAAGGAGGAGACUUCAGUGAAGGUAAUGGAAGAGGAGGCGAAUCCAUUUACGGAGGCUUUUUUGAAGAUGAAAGCUUUGCAGUCAAACACAACAAGGAGUACCUGCUGUCAAUGGCCAAUCGGGGUAAAGAUACAAAUGGAUCCCAGUUUUUCAUAACAACAAAACCUUCUCCACAUCUCGACGGUGUGCAUGUGGUUUUUGGUCACGUGAUCUCUGGCCAAGAAGUCAUUCAAACCAUGGAGAGCCAGAAGACGGACCCCAACAGCCGACCGUACGCUGAGGUGAAAGUUUUGAACUGUGGAGAGCUCAUUCCCAAAUCUAAAGCAAAAAAAGAUGCAAAAAAGAAGGAGAGGGCCUCAUCAAGCUCCAGCAGUAGCUCCAGUGACUCUGAGAGCUCCUCAGAGUCGUCCUCCGAGAGCGAAGAAUCAGAAAAAGAAUCCAAGAAGCGGAAAAAGAAGGCAAAGAAGCAAAAAAAGAAACAGAAGAAGGAGGACAAGAAGAAAUCAGAAGCUGAAAGCGCUGAAGAGAAGGAACAAGACGAGUUGGUUACAUCUACAGUGCGUCCUGAAGAAAUCCCACCCAUCCCUGAAAAUCGAUUCCUUAUGAGGAGAAGUCCCCAGAUGGCCCAGAAGUCAAAGGAGGAGGUUAACAAAGAUCAGCGGAAUAAAGACGAAAGACCAAGAGAAAGUACUGGCGCAGCUUACAACUCUCAAUCAACAUAUCACAGAAGACUCGUGAUGACUCGAUCUGGCAGGAAGAUAAAAGGCAGGGGUCCACGGAGAUACCGGACCCCAUCACGCUCUCGUUCAAGGUCUAGAGAUCGUUUUCGGCGCAGUGAAACUCCCCCACACUGGCGACAGGAGAUGCAGCGUCAGAGGAUGAGGGCAGUCACAGGAGAGCGAUGGAUUAAGGGUGACAGAGGUGACAUGAAUGAGGGUCAGGAUGAGGCUGCUAAAGCACAGAAAAGAGAGAGACGGACUUCCAGUUCAAAGGCUGAACAUACAACUGAGGGUAAAAAAGACAAGAAAACUCGAUCUCAUAGAUCUAAAAGUAAGGAAGAGGAUACUGUAGAGAAGGAUGACAAGCAUGAUAAACACAAGGCAAAGAAAAAAGAUAAAUCCCAUAGUCGCAGUAAAAGCCGAGAAAAGAAAAGGUCAAAAAGCAGAGAGAAGAGUCACAAGCACAGAAGUGAUGAGAGGAGAGGUCGCUCAAGGAGCAAAGAUAGAAAUUUUCAUAAAAAAGAAAAGGAGGCAGAAUCUGAUCACAGUAAAGACAGAAAUAAGGGUCAUGAGUCUGACAAAAAGCAUAAAGAAGACACAAAAGGUAGAAAUGGUGAGAGAACCAGGACAAAGUCCAGAAGUAAAGAGAGAGCUGCCAAAAAGGAUGAGCGCAGAUCAAGCAGCAGAAACAAAGACAGAGGUAGGACUUCAGCAUCAAAAGAGAGAGAAGAAAAAAGAGAGAAGGACAGAGAGAGGGGCAGAGAGCGCAGCAGGAGUCGGGAAAGAAGACACAACAGUGAAAGGGAGAGUAAGAGACAAGGAACAUCCCGGGAUAAAGAACAUCGAACAAGAAGCCCAGACAGAAGUAAGGCUAGGGACUCGCACAGAGGCAGGCGCUCGAGAAGCAGGAGCGGCAGGCGCUCGAGAAGCAGGAGCGGCAGGCGCUCGAGAAGCAGGAGCGGCAGGCGCUCGAGAAGCAGGAGCGGCAGGCGCUCGAGAAGCAGGAGCGGCAGGCGAGACCAAAGCAGGGAUCGAUCCUCUCAUAGAAAAGUCAAAGACAGAGAGGCUGCCGGCCAGAGGAGGAGACGCAGUAGCAGCAGCUCUGAGAGUGACAGAGAAGAGAAAAAGAAGAGUCAUAGGAGCCCAGAUUCUAAAAGAAGAGACAAGUCCAAAGACCGAAGGAGCCCGGCCAGCCAAAGACCAGACAGUACGAAAGGCAAAGAUAGAAAUGAUAGCAAGAGGAAUCGGUCGGGGUCUAGCUCCAGCUCUGACAGCAACUAAACGCGCGAUAAUGUUCUUAUUUUUUAAGGUGUACAUGUAGUACACAGCGUCAGCAUUCCAUCUACAGUGGGGCACAAUCACAGUCCUCAUACAGUACAAAAUAAACAGUUCUGCCAAAGAUAAUAUGACUGUAAAAGGUUCCUCAAAGCUAAUUACUUGACUGUUAAAUAACUGUGGUAUUCAGAUAACAGAGACUGUAGAAAAGACCUUAAAUAAAAUGGCUCAUACCUGCAGGUGCAAACUGUAGCAUCCUCAACCUUUGGCUGAAGUUUGGACUUUAUGGGGAUUGUGAGUUUGUCCACCACUGAGUGUGUAACACAGUUAACUGGUAGCUGACGUUUUGGAGCCAUUCUAGAAACAAAGGAUUUGUAACUACAAAGUGUGUGUACUGCACUGGCAGGGCUGUAAAUGUACCAGGUAUUCUUCUAAAUCUUACAUUAUUUAAUCGCGUGAAGUCAGACUGGAGGCAGGUUUUCUUUUCAUGUUGUUUUUUUUCUUGUUGUUGUUUGUUUUGGUUUUUUCUGAAUUUUACAUCAUGUGGUAAAUUCUGUAAUUCUGUCUUGACUUUAAAUUUUCUCUGAUUUCAGUUUUUUUUAAAAACUUUUAAACAGAGGGGAAAAAAGAUUUUGAUGGUAUCCUCCUCACUCAAGUUAUUUUAAUGUCAAUCAGCCUGGAAGAAAACACUCAUGUCUUGCAUGCUCUUUUUUGUCAUUGUGUGUACACCCAUGAUGUUUCUUUUGUUUGUUUGUUUUUUAACCAUUUACCCGUAAUUCUGUUGAAAGAGAAAAUGUUAAUGCCAAGCUGUUAAGUAUAAGAUAAAAGCAGUUUGUUUCUGUUCCGUUUGGUUCAAACUGAUUUUAAGAACUGCUGGAGUGUUUGAUGAAUUAAAAGGCUCUGUUUGAUUUUAA